CGAUAUGGCCGCCACUCUGGGCAGCGGAGAGCGCUGGACCCAAGCUUACAUUGAUGCAAUUGGAAGAAACAAAUACCCAGAUGACAGACGGCCUGACAGCCAUGAUCCCUGUGGUUGCUGUAACUGCAUGAAGGCUCAAAAGGAAAAAAAGUCUGAGAAUGAGUGGAACCAGACCCGGCAGGGAGACGGGAACUCCACAUACACUGAGGAACAGCUGCGUGGGGUACAAAGAAUCAAGAAGUGCAGAAAUUACUAUGAAAUUCUGGGUGUUUCUCGCAAUGCCAGCGAGGAAGAGCUUAAGAAGGCUUACAGGAAGCUCGCCCUGAAGUUUCACCCGGACAAGAACUGCGCUCCUGGAGCAACGGACGCCUUCAAAGUAGGGGCAUAUGCAUGGAGGUCGGAGAACAACCUUUAAGAAUCAGUU